UUCUUCAAGACUUCCACUAUUAAAGGACUGCUCCAAUUAAGCAGCAGGUGUUGUAACAAUUUACUUUUCAAAUCCCUUUUCUGCUAUAUGUUCUUUUGUCUUUUCGAUACAUGAAUAAUUCAGUGCUCAAGAUAGAUAUCUAACGUAUUUGAGAAUUACUUGCAGUUUCAGGGAAAUAAGAAUCAUAUUGCCUAUUGAUAAAAUAGUUAGUUUGAUCAAGAUGUUUGGCUCAGUGAACUUUUGGCCCGCUUCUGGUGCUGCUGUUUUUCUGCUACUUCUCUGCAGCUUCUCCCUUGAAGCCAGUAGCAGUUUCAGACAACCAAACGAAUUUGAAGGACCCAGUCUGAUCUUGGGGGCAGAUGGAGAGGAUCAAGAUACUGUUGAGGAUGGGACCUUUUUCUGUCUGAAUUGUGAGGAGAGGGCGAGUGAGUGCUGCAGUGGGGUGAUGGGACUUCCCUUCUGUUGUGACCCUUCCCUCUACGCCGUUCAGAAGGUCAUGUGGGCUGCUUCUGAGGUUGAAAAACUCUCACUGGGCGGCCAUUUGGUCACAUGCCAAUCUAACGACGAUUGUCCUACUAUUGGAGGAGUGCUUCUCGAAAUGGUGGAUGACAAUGCGGGUGGGGACUACUGUUGUCCAUUGGAGAACAUGUGCUGCCCAAUUGGGAAGUAUUUGGAGGAGAACUACUGUAUGCUCAGUUAUUCCUUCGGGGGACCCGCCAUUUUCAGCAUCUUCCUGGCGAUGGUGAGUUGCUGUCUCUGCUGUGUCUGCUGCUGUCGCAUGUGCAGCAAGAGAAGACGAAAAAAUGCAGAGAUAAUUGUCAUGAGACAAGAUGGAUCCGCGACUGGAGUCGCCUUGCAGGGAACAUCGGCAGUAGUGCCAGGAAUUUUGUCAGAUGGUCUUCCUCCGUACCAGAAGCUACACAAUGCUGAAGACGUUGGUGUCUAGCAAUUGUUAAAAAAGAGUUUGGGCCUGAAAGUCGAAAAGAAACUCGACUUGAACCUUAUAAUCACCCUUCUGCUUCAACUUACCCGUAUAUAAUCUGAGCUUGAUGUAUACUCUAAAAAAUAUAUAAGGUUAAUUUGAUGUUCAAGCAACUAUUGUUGCCAUAUGUAAUCAUGACCACAGUUUGUUUCGAGUAUGGGGUGUGUAUCAUAUAUGUGUUUUAUGAAUAUUGCAUCAUAUGAGUUAACUGCAAUUUUUUUAAAGCCAUUAUAAUGUGGGUUGCAAUUAGUGGGUUGUACUAGAAAACCAUUAAUCAAAUGUUUUUGUUUUGU